CCAAACCUCAACAUAAUUCCCGUCCACUCCACUCGGAAACUACAGCACUACACUACAUACUCACCUCCAACUCUCCGUUCAAUCUCAGAAUUGCUGUCUCACACACCCAUCCGUCUCUAAAACCACACACAUCUAUCCAUCCUUCUCACGCCACCACCAAUUCAAUCCAAUUCCAUCCAAUUCCUAAAACAUAACCAAACAACCAAACCAAACACCAUGCCCCGCCUCCCCACAAACCCGCUCACGCGCCCACCCCGCCUAGGCUACACCCUCCACUCGCGCAUCCUCCCGCGCUACUCCUCCGGCUCGCCAUCGCAACCGCCCACCUCGCAGCCCGCCGCCGAUCACUUCAAUAAGACGGGUGAGAAAGACGCGUCCGACCCGGCGAAGAUAAACAUCCGAACCGACGAGUACUCCAAGUCUGGCGGCGACGACAUCGUUGCAGAGCAGACGGUGGCUUCGUUCCGGAGCUCCAACGACCCCGCGAUUGAGAAAGAAACCGCUGGAAGAGGCAAUGCGGUGAAUCCGCUCGAGACGAGUCCCGCGACGCCCGAGCUGUCGAAUAGUGUUGUCGAAGAGCACUACGUCGAGAAGAAUGUCGAGCGGGAUCCGAAUGUGCGCAGUGGUAAGGGCGUGACGCGGAAAUCGAAGAAGGUAGUGAAGACCGAGGUGGAUUUUCAGCCGUCGGUGAAGAAGGGAGGGUGAGGAACGGAAGAGGAGGAUGGCUGGAGUGUUUGACGUAUUGGGGCGGCGGAUGGCGUGUUUUUGAGGAUUUUGAGGGAGUAAAAUGGCGAUGUACUUUAGCAUAGCGGUGUUAUUGUAUUGGUACUUGUGUAGCAGACUGCACGAUCUGGAUUAGCAUUCUAGCAACUCCAUCGUUUGAAC